ACUCCCAUCCUCCAUUCAUAAUAAGUAAGCUUUACUAUUCUAUACGUACGAUUCUCCAUCGAUCCCUUCUUUAAUUAGGAGUAUAUAUUGCCGUGUUAGUUUUGAGGACGAACAGUUGGGGAGGCAAAAACAAAAAACAAAACAAGACAAUUACUACUACUCAUCACUCUCAAACACAGAGUAAUUAGUUUACUGCUGCGGGUCGGCGGCCGCCCGGUAUGGAGGAUGAGGAGGGAGGAAACACCGCCCCGGGAAGCGGCAGCAAUGGCGGCGUGCGCAGGGCGGAGACGUUGCUCCGCCUCAUCCCGGUGGCACUCUGCGUCGUGGCGCUCCUCAUUAUGCUCAAGAACUCACAAAACAGCGACGACUUGGGUUCCAUCUCCUACUCCGACCUCGGACCCUUUAAGUAUUUGGUACAUGCAAAUGGGAUAUGUGCAGGGUAUUCACUUCUAACAGCGGUGGUUGCGGCCAUGCCAAGGCCAACCACUCUGCCUCGCGCCUGGACCUUCUUCCUCGUAGAUCAGAUGUUGACGUACAUAAUAUUGGGUGCUGGAGCAUUGGCAACAGAGGUGGUGUACCUAUCCUACAAGGGGAACAACGCCACCGCGUGGGGUGAGAGUUGCGGCUCGAUUAGCGGGUUUUGCCGCAAGGCCACGGCAUCGGUGGCCAUCACCUUCGUCGUCAGCCUCUGUUACGCCGGGAUUUCCCUCAUUUCCUCCUACAGACUCUUCACCAAGUACGAUCCCCCACUAGCCGUUGCCUCCGCCUCCACCUACACCACUACUAGCAACAAUGACAACAAAGGCGUAGAAUUUUCGACUAUCUGAUGGAUGGAUCUUAUAUAUGAAUAAAAUGAAUGCCCGCCGCUAGCUCAGCUAUGAUCUCAUCACCAUCCCGACCCGCAUCAUUCACGUGUGGGGCUUAGCUAAUUAAAGUACAGCAACUAUAUACUAUGUGUAAUAAUAGUACGUACGGAUCGAGUUAGACAUAAGAUUGUAUGUUGUGGGCGUUCGUUUGAAACGGUACAAAAAAAACAAUUGUAUUUGACGGAAGUUACCUUCAAGAUGUGUUAAUCAAAUUAUUACUCGGUC